AGGAUUGAAUGCGCAAGUUAUCAGAACUUGAGGCGAGUUUUCCUAAAAAAGUUUGAUUGGAUUUUUUCUUUCUAUUUGAGGCGUCCAUUUUACGGCCUGUCACGAAGGUGCUACGAGGGAAAAUCGUGAAGCGUGGUUCGGUAUGCGAGUGUGGUAGAGAGUGAACAAUAAUGGCCGAUUGAAAAGUGUGGUGUGUGUGCGUAGAUCAUUGAAAUGCCUCGUUCGUAGACUGCUUUCCUUCAACUUCUAUUUUGGUCACGUCGCCUUGGCGUGAACAACUCAACGCAUUGAAAAUGUCGGCGAAUACAAAUUCACGGAUUUAUCGAGUUGGGGAUUAUGUUUAUGUUGAAACUGCCCCAGUUUAUCCAUAUCAAAUUCGCAGAAUAGAGGAACUAACAAAGUUGGGAAAUGGUCAAAUUGAAGCGAAAGUACAAUGUUUUUAUCGUCGCCGUGAUUUAUCAACUCCACUGAUCGCUCAAGCUGAUAGGCAUGCAGGUGCUGCAGAAGAAGAUGCAGAGAUUGACAUGGGUGAUGGGGAAUUAGACGAUGUAAAAAUGCAUCAGCUUUCUCAUAGAGAACUGUUUCUAUCGAGGCAAUACGAAACUAUAAAUGCUAGUCAAAUAAGAGGAAAGUGUUUGGUCACUCUUUACUGUGAAACAGAGGUUCUACCAAGAUAUUCAGGAAAAGAGGAUUGGUUCUAUUACUGCCUUGUUUACGACCCGCAACAAAAAGCAUUGCUUGCUGAUAAAGGAGAGAUUGGAAUUGGCUCGAAUUACCAGCCAACGAUCCCCCUGAAGCUUGAAGACACAAGCGAUGAUACCAGAGAUUUAUCGCAACUGGAGACGAUGGUUUGGACAUCAAAUCACAACUUGACAGACCGUGAAGUUGACCAGUUCCUCGUUGUCUCCAGGUCUGUUGGUACCUUUGCUAGAGCACUAGACUGUAGCAGCUCUGUAAAACAACCAAGUCUUCAUAUGAGUGCCGCAGCAGCGUCAAGAGAUAUUACACAGUUCCAUGCACUGUGUGUUCUACACAAGAGUUCGUAUGAUCUUAGCAAAGCUGUUGGGAGUUUGGUCCCUUCUGGAGGUCCUGUAUUGUGUCGAGAUGAGAUGGAAGAAUGGUCUGCAGGUGAAGCGGGAUUAUUUGAAGAAGCUGUCAAUAAAUAUGGAAAGGACUUCAGUGACAUUCAAAAGGACUUUCUUCCGUGGAAGAGUAUUUCCAGUAUCAUUGAGUACUACUAUAUGUGGAAGACAACAGAUAGAUACGUCAGACAGAAAAGAAUGAAAAGUGUUGAGAAGGAGUCAGACUUGAAACAAAUCCUCGUCUCAAACCCACCAGGAACAACCUGUGUGACUGGGUCUGGUGACAAGGAAUCUGUCAAUUCAAUUCCUUACCCUCCUCCUGGGGUCAUUACCAAACCACCUACUCCGGGAUAUUCCUGUGAAAGUUGCUAUGCGAAUACAUCAACUCACUGGUUUCCAUGGUCCACACCAAACACCCAGUAUAAACACUACGUUUGUUCUGUAUGCUGGGUUUACUGGAAGAAAUACGGCGGACUCAAGAAACCAGAUGGGUUUUCCAGUCGAAGGGUUGGGGAAGAAGUUCGUUACACUUGUCGUAUUUGUGGGAAAGUGUUCAACAGAGCAGCACUUCUUUCUAACCAUAUGGUGACUCACAAGCCUUUCAAAUGCUUCGUCAGUGCAUGUGAUAAGACGUUUAACACAGAAGCCAACCUAACGCGACACUUGUCGUCCUGUCAUUCAUUGAGACCUCGCAGUCCACCUCAUGCGAAGCCAAAGCCAGCGUUCUUCAUGAAGGUUCUUCCUCUCACGAAGAUCUCACGAUAUCUGUGUCCGGAUUUCCUCAAGUUUCCGCAUCUUGCACGCGUGUUUAACGAUCGUCUAGAAAUCAACGAUGUGCGGCAAGCAUGUGUCAGCCGUAUUUCCCGGAAAGUUGCCGAGAACAUUAUCGCGAAAAGGCAAAUAAAACAACGAAAACCGCUGGAAAGCAUAGUCGAAGUCCUGAAAACCAGACCACCCAAAGUAACCAGUGACGUCACGGCCACACCUCAAGUUUCAACGCACGUGACAAAGACUAGGUCAAAGUCCACAUCAGGGAUGCAUCCAUCACCGAUUACGUCACCAACUCGUAAGAUGCUUCACUCGCCUCGGUUGUAUGUACCGCAGGUCAAUGUGAACGAGGUCGUAGAGCCACGCCCGGCACAUUCAUCGAAACACAUGCUGUCGCGGAAGAGGUCUUUGGAGAACAUCAAUCCUCAUCAGAACGGUUUAGAUGGUCCCGCCACGAAAAGAUUUGUCAGUAACUCGCCUCUCGGAAAGAAAGGUUGUGAGUGCAAGCAUUGUGGCAAAGUACUUCAUAAUCAAGCGAGUCUUUCUCAUCACAUGCAGACGAUUCACGCCGUAUCUUACCAACCAUCACAGGGGUCUGGGCCUCCAAAACAAAAGUCUUAUCCUGCUUACUGUGACGUCAACCCGGGCAUGGGGCCUGGGGUCACCAAGAUGGCGCCUUACGCUGAACACACCGUGACGUCAUACACCAAUCCAGGUUUGAAAUCACCUCCCCAGGCUCCCGGUUCGCUCCCUCUCACCCAACCCCUCUCUAAACCUCCUAAGCAGCAGUUAGGGAGCCCUGUUUCGGGGCCUGGGUUGAACCGGAAGUUGUCCGCGCCCUUGAUGAAAAACCAUACAGCGGUAAAUGGUCAAAAUAAGUCUCGGGGCCGGUCGUCUCCGACCAGACAGCCUCAGUUUAUAGAUCCACCUGAGGAAUUUGUUUUUAGUGCAACAAAGGUGAUGAGGUCAGCAAGAAAGAGUAUAGCUGACGAAGUAAAGCGUCGUUUGCCCAGAAAACCAUGGGUGGAAGUGAGAUGUCCUCCAGAACUGAGAGAGCUCAUUUAUCGUGUACGAAAACCACGAAAAAGCAAAGAUAAAACGCCCAUGGGGACUCCGACGAAAUCCGAUCACCUUCUGACCGAUGGGAAAAUUCCAUCUCCGGUAAAGAACGAGUUGGCCGAGGCCAUAACACCCAGGAUUAAUAUGAAUGACGAGAAACCCCCUGUUAAAGGACAGGGUAUAACGCCCCCCGUAACGGGGAUUGCUGAGAACAUUGGUUUGCCUGCAAAUAAUGGAGAGGUUACUACCGCAGGGCCUGUGGCUGCAGGUGGUGGCGUACUUGCAGGUCAGGACGAAUCUGGGAAACAGGGGGGUAUUGGAGGUACAAAUGUGGACGAGCCUAUAGUGAUUGACGACUGACGUUAAAAAAUCUGUUCCCAGAAACUGGAUUUGGAUGGUGUUCGACUGUUCGUAUUAAAAUGCAAAACGCUCUUCGUAGGAGUUUACAGCGCUUCUUUUUCUUUACUCCAUGUUCCUAUCAUGUGAUUCGUUACCGCUGUUUUCUCGUGAGCAAUCUCCUCUGGGGAAAUUCGCCUCAGAAAGCUCUGGGGAUACACUCCUAGUGAGCAUUCCAUGACCUCUUGAAGUUCAUUGAUGGACUAGUUACCUUCCAAAGAUAUCAACUGUCCGCGCUCAAACCUGAGAGGAACUCAAAACCGAGCAAGGAAACUUUCGCGUUUCGUAUUGAACUCACAAAGGCCCCAAAGCAAUAAAGAAACUUGUGUACUAAAGUUUUAUGUAAAAGGCGACGGCAAAUUGAAGUAUUUUUACAAGUAUUCAAUGAUAAGGACGCAAGUAGUUAUAUCUAUUUCGACUAAAACACGACUCAUGAGCACUGUGAGAAAGAAUGUUGAGAUUGAAAUGUUUAUUUUCAAUUCCGGCUGUUCCAUCUUAAGAGGCGUAAGCGCGAAGGCCCUGGGUACGAAGUGGAACUAGCAUAAAACCGGUUACACGGGGCUUCUGUGCUUGGUUUGGGAAUAAAUCACUUUGAAUACGGUAUAGUUUUCGACUAGUGUACAUAGUUUAUAAUACCAGUUGUAAUAAUUAUCGUGAGCGUGCUCAGUUUACUGUCAAUGUCAUGUAUUCAUCUCAAAGAAAAAUAGACUGGAUAACCUUCUCUGCUGAAUUUUCUUGUGUUGAAUUUUGAAUAUUUCACAAUUUUAUUCAUUUUAUCUUUUACGUACAACCGUGAA